UUUUAUAUAAACGCAGUCAAAAAAAAUAUGUCCAUGAUUCAUGAUAAAAAUUUAAUAAAAUAUCUGAGUAAUGUUUUUAUUCUGAACUUAACUUUUUUUAUUUCACCCAACUCCAGUUUAGUGAGAAAGUGCAAACAGAAUAUUAGAGAUGUCUUCAAAUUCCUGUACAAUGUUGAUUGAUAAAAAAGAAAUUUCGAAAGGCAGUAUUAUUUUGCAAGAGAAACCAUUUGUUUAUGUGUUGUCUUCAAAAUUCAGAACAGAAAGAUGUGACUUCUGUUUCUCCAAAGGAGAACUUUUGAAGUGCUCAGUAUGUCGAUACGUUUACUACUGUGGAAGAGCUUGUCAAAAGGAAGGCUGGUCAAUACACAAACUGGAAUGCCGAAAUUUGAUGAAAAUUCAUCCAAGAAUACUGCCGGAUGCAGGAAGGAUGUUGGCUAGACUUAUCAGGAUUUUAGGACAUGGAGGAAAUGAAUUGAAAUCUUAUUACACCAAAAAAGACUACCGAAAGUUCAAGGAUUUGAUGUCACACUAUUCCGAUAUCAAAAAUGAUCAGAAUAGAAUGGAACAUUUCUCUUCUCUUUAUGGUGUGCUUUCCGAAUUUUUCAAUGGAGAAAUUCUUCCGAAUUCUGCAGAACUGUUGGGCAUGUAUUGUAGAAUGUGUGUGAAUUCUUUCAGUAUUGGCAACCAGGAGUUCCAGAGUGUGGGAACUGGAUUAUAUUUAGGAGCAUCAGUUGUAGAUCAUUCCUGCAAACCCAACGCUGUUGUAACUUUUGAGGGAACAACACUCAUUAUGAGAGUGCUGGAGAAUAUUACAAGCUUGGAUUGGACUAAGAUUUUUAUAAGUUAUAUAGACGUAAUGGCUGUAAAGAAGGAAAGACAAGCAGAACUUGAAUCUACCUAUUACUUUUUAUGUCAGUGUCCUAAAUGUUUAGGACCUGAACCCAUCACGGAAAUGACAGGGGCAGCUUGUCCUAAUAGAAAUUGUGAUAAUUGUCUAGAUAGUACAUCAAUGAAGGAUGGUCAGAAAUGUGCUAAAUGUGGUGAAACUAUAACUGAAGAAUUUAUCAACACAUUUCGAGAUGUUAUGGAAAUGACCAUCAUCCAUUUAAAAAAUAUGAAUGAAACCAUAUAUUUGGAUGUUUGUGAAGUGUGCCUGAGGAAACAAGAAGGUGUUUUGUACAAAUACAAUGUGAAACAUGUCAAAAUGCUGGAUUUAGUAUUUGACAGCUCAAUAGAGUUUGGAAAAUUUGAUGAAGCUCUGAAGUAUGGAUUAGAGUUGAUCAUAGGUUUAUAUGAAUACUACGGUAAAAUGCAUCCGAUGACUGGUCUGCUACACUUGAAAUUGGCCAAAUUAUUAUUAUAUCAAGAUGAGCGGAAACAGGCUCUGGACCAUCUGAGGAAAGCCAAGGAGAUACUGGAAAUAACACACGGAUUAAAGAGUUCGUUGUUCAAGGAACACCUUAUUCCUCUUCUAACACAGGCUUCUAUAGAAUAUUCUAGAUGAUUAUGUUAUUAUAUUUUAUUAUUAUCAUAAAUGGAUAGUGAAUAAGUUUUUAAAGAAAUUACAUUUUUGUGUAACAACUUGUAGCUGAUAUUGACUGGUAAUGAACUACUAAGGGAAUUUCAUUCUACAUAAGAUUACUCACACUCUAAUCUUUCAUAAUCCAAAAAAAAUUAAAUUGUAAUGGAAAAUUAGAGUACAUUCUUAUAUUUGAA